GAAUUAAAUAUUUCUCUCCGUGAAAAUUUCAGGCAGGAACCAACGAUGGCUUCUGCUUUGUUGAGAACCCUAACGAGAUCGUCCAAUUUGGGUUGCAGCACCAGAAAUUUCAGUCUCGUUACCAGUCAAAUCAGCAAUCACACUGCCAAAUGGAUGCAGGAUACUAGCAAGAAAUCUCCAAUGGAGUUGAUCAAUGAAAUUCCACCCAUCAAGGUUGAAGGCAGGAUUGUUGCAUGCGAAGGAGACACGAACCCUGCACUCGGGCAUCCUAUUGAGUUCAUAUGCCUUGACUUGAAGGAGCCAGCCGUCUGCAAGUACUGUGGCCUACGCUAUGUCCAGGAUCAUCAUCACUAGAGUAAUAGUUCUCUUAUUUAAUCAUCUGCAUGGAGAUUGGUAUUUUGGACUAAUAUGUGCCUAUCUUUGUCAAAUUGUUUCAAUCAAUUUGCACUUUCAGUUGACAAAUCUUUGUACUAUGGCAUUUCCAUGUGUUCAAUAUCAAGCGAAUAAAGAUUGGGCACGAUCAUUAUCUUGCUUGCUUGGCGA